UGCAAAAUUACUGAUUAUAAUAUGCUCUCCUAUGUAUGUCACCUAAAGAAUUCAAAUGAAGAAGGCCUGAGAAAUCUCCAAAAAGCUGAAGAAGCUAUUCAAGGACAUCAUCCAGGUGAAAUUGCCAGGAGAAGUCUCGUUACCUGGGGGAACUAUGCCUGGAUCUAUUACCACAUGCAGAGAUAUGAAGAAGCUCAAACUUAUGUAAGCAAAGUGGAAAACAGCUGCAAAAAGCUUUCAAGUACUGCUCAUGAGCAGACUCAGCUUCCAGAGGUCUAUGCUGAGCAAGGAUGGGCAUUUUUACGUUUUGGGAAGAAUUACUUUGAGAGGGCAAAGAAUUGCUUUGAAAAUGCUCUGAAGAGUGAGCCCAAUAAUCCAGAAUUUAAUGCUGGCUAUGCAAUAGCAACAUUUCGCUUGGACGGUUUCGCUGAAAGGAGCAAUGACAGGAUGAGGCCGUGCCUGGAGUCCUUGAAGCGGGCAGUGCAACUCAAUCCAAAUAACACCACCCUUCUGGCAUUACUGGCAUUACAACUUCAGCGAUUAAAACGAGUCAAAGAGGGCGAGAGGUACAUUGAAGAAGGACUGCAGAAAACCCCUGACUUCCCUUUAUUCCUGCGAUAUGCUGCUAGUUUUUACAGAAAGAGAGGAGAAGUAGACAAGGCAGUGAAGAUUUUGAAGAGAGCCCUAGCACUGAUGCCAAAUUCUGUCAUUGUGCAUCAUCAACUAGGACUCUGCUACAAAUUGAAGAUCCUUGAAUUGAAAAUGGCAAGACACCCACCUCAAGUGAUAGAAAAAACGGUAUUUUUUAGUGCUUAUACUGACCUAGGAAACGUAUAUGCACUAGGCAAGAGGUAUGAAGAAGCAGAAGAGAUAUUUCAGAAAGUGCUUCAGAGAAAUGACAUAUCCUGUGGUGUCAAACAAGAAAUCUACUUCCAUUAUGGCAAUUUUCAGCAUUUUGACAUGAAGUCAAAAUCAAAAGCCAUUAAGUAUUACAUAGAAGGUCUGAAAAUGGAAAAUGAUUCCUAUGGAAGAAAACAGUGCAGUGAAGCUGUGGAGAAAUUGCUGAAAGAGAAAAUUAGGAGUGGUUUAGGGCAUGCCACAGAUUUUGGUACAUUUGGCCUCGUUCAUAAGCUGAACGGUAAGAAACAAGAAGCAAUUGAAUGCUAUGAGAAAGCCAUUGCUUUGGAUCCAAACAAUGAGGAAUAUCUGAAUGCAUUAGCUGAGCUACAACUUUCCAUCUCAAGCUAAAGCUCACAAAAAUCUUAUAUAUCAAAAAAAAACCCCAAACCAAGGAGGUUUCAAAAGACUCUCAAAACUUUUUUAUAUUAUUUGCCUUUCAUUUGAAGUUAGGCAUUAUGACCAGAUGGAACACAAGUGGCAUCACUUUCUGGUCAUAAUGUAGAAACUGCAGACAACAAUUGUUCAUUUG